AUGAGUAGCCGACUGAAAGAUCUGUUCAUCAAUGGCAAGCUUGUGCCAUCAUCAAAUGAAAAGUUCUUCGAGUUAACCAGCCCUUAUACCAAUGAGAAAGUUGCAGAGAUCUGUGAAACCAAUGGGGUAGACGUAGAUGCUGCUGUUGCUGCGGCCAGGGCCGCAUUCCCAGCAUGGAGGGAUGUCUCCCCGACAGACAGAGGUGUCUUCCUGCGAAAGAUGGCAUCACUUAUUCAGGAUCAUGGGGAAGAGUUUGCGCACUUGGAAGCUUUGUCUACCGGGAAGCCGGUGUCUCGUUACAUCGAUUCCAGUAUAGCCAUCGAGACGUUCAAUUAUCUUGCGGAGGCUGUAUGGACUGUUCAAGGGUCAUCCAGUAGAAAUACGCCCGGCCACCGCACGGUGAAAGAACCGUACGGGGUCGUGGCAGCCAAGCUGAUUUCUAAGACUGAAUUCCCACCGGUGUUGUGA